UCAGUGCCUACGGUAAGCUAUGUACACCGAUGUCCUAGAAACGUAUCAGAGUGGGUCAAAGCCUCUAACAGAAAAAGAUGUUCGCUAGCUAAACAAAACUGCACUACGGAAACUAAGUUCCAGUAUCAUUGUCUCAUAAACGCAGAUAUUAAUGGCAUGGUUGAAGUAUGUAUCCCGAUACGGCGCAUUGUUGGGAGUUUCUGUCCAUUUUAUGACUCAAAGAAAGCAAGAAUAGAGAACCACUACCACCUGUCUUGUAGGGAACACACAUUUAAAUGCCCGGAGCAUUACCAAUCAAAUGAGGCAUAUAAGUUUCAGGGUUGCUAUAUGGCUGUCUAUGGUCAGGAGCCUGUUAACAAAUCCAAAACUAAAGAGGAUGUGGAUGACGAAAACCAUAUUUUUAGGAAAAUUGGAGACAAAAUUGUAGAUCUACAAAAAGAUACCAUCUGGACAGUGGUUGUAAUAAUUUUUGCAAUCGUUUUUCUUUCGAUAUUUGGAGUGAUAAGCAUAAUUCUAAAGUGUAUAAAUACAGAAACAAAGAAAUCAUGUUGGAAGUCUUGCAAUCGAUGCUACAAAUGUUGCUACAAAUGUUGCGACACAGUUGAUGAAGAUUGUGUACAGAAAAAUAGUGUAGAGAUGGAGGAAAAAACGAAAGAAAAUACAGACAAGGAUGACAAAAACGACACAAAUGAACGGUUAUUAAAUGAAAAUGAAACAGGAAGCAGUGAUAUUUCUUGA